UAAUUUUUAUAUCAGUGAAAUUGAAAUUUCCUAUUAUAACAUUCUGAUAAAUAGGAGCAUAAUUGUGCAGUUUGCAGUUAAUGUCUUGUCAUAAGAUUUUAGCGGUGAAAGUAAAUAUUUUGAAAUGUGCUAUCACUUGACAGUGCUUGACAGUAUCACUUGUGCUAUCACAAGAUACAGUUGAUUAUCAAAAUCUGUACUUAAGGAUCUGCCACUAUUCACUACAAUCAAUAUAGUUUCUACAGUCAGAAUCUAAAUUUAAGUUUUUAGAUCGAUAUGGCUCGUAAUCUUUUUAUAUUAUUCUUCUCAUUACUAAUUUGUAGAGAAGUUAAAAGUUUGUUUCCUAGAGAAUCCUUAACUCGCGAAAUUAAACUUUUAAAUGACGUUUGGAAUUUUAGAAUUUGCUCUCAAGAUGAUCAGAAUGCUGGAUUCAGAGAACAGUGGUUCAAAGCUCCUCUUUAUGAAACUGGAGAAAUUAUUCCUAUGCCAGUGCCAUCGAGCUUUAAUGAUAUUACUCAAAACAAAACUAUCAGGGAUUAUCUUGGUUGGUCAUGGUAUGAUAGAGAAUUUUAUGUGCCUCAAAGAUGGAACAAAAAUUUAAGAAUUGUAUUGAGGUUUGAAAGUGCCCAUUAUUUUACUAUAGUUUAUAUAAAUGGUCAAGAAGUUAUGAAUCACACUGGAGGACAUUUGCCUUUUGAGAGUGAAGUUACCCAAUACCUUAGUUUCUCUGGUCCAAAUCGGAUUACUGUUGCAUUAAAUAAUACUCUUAGUGAUAAAACUAUUCCUCAAGGAAGCAAAACAUUUAAAAAUGAGAAAGAUGGACCUUAUCCACCUGGAUUCUAUGUUCAGGGAACAAGUUUUGAUUUUUUCAACUAUGCUGGUAUUCAUAGAUCUGUGCUUUUGUAUGCCAUGCCUGUUGCUUACAUUGAUGAUAUACUGGUAAUCACAGAUAUCUCUAACAAUACAGGUUCUGUGUCCUAUUCUGUUUUUUCAAGUAUUAACUCAUCUCAGACAUUAUAUCCUGAAUGCAGCAUUGAAGUCAUAGACAAAGGAGGAAAGGUAGUGGCUUCUGUUACUGGAUGUUCUGGUGUAAUUACUAUUAAAAAUCCCAAAUUGUGGUGGCCAAAUACUAUGCAUCAAAAUCCAGGAUAUUUAUAUAAAUUGCAUGUGAUAAUAAAGUGGAAAAAUAUUAUUGAUGAAUACUAUCAACCUUUUGGCAUUCGAACAGUGAAAGUAACAAAAGACCAGUUCCUAAUAAAUGGGAAACCCUUUUACUUCAUGGGAUUUGGGAAGCAUGAGGAUUCUAAUAUACGAGGUAAAGGACUUGAUAUGCCUUUGAUCAUCAAAGAUUUUAACUUAAUACAGUGGGUUGGUGCAAAUUCAUUUCGUACAUCUCAUUAUCCAUAUGCUGAAGAAAUAAUGGAUCAGGCUGAUGCACAAGGAAUAGUUGUUAUAGAUGAAUGCCCUGCUGUUGGCUUAACAAGCUUUAGUGAAGAUUUAUUAAACCAGCAUAAAGCUGUUUUAAACGAAUUAAUUAGGAGAGACAAAAACCACCCAUCUGUUGUGGCAUGGUCAGUAGCAAAUGAGCCAUCAUCUGCUAAAGCAAGUGCUGAUAAAUAUUUCAAAGAAAUUACAGAAUUAGUAAAAUCACUUGAUCCUACACGACCAGUAACAGCUGCAAUUAAUGCUGACUACAACAAAGAAAAAGCAGGAAAAUAUUUGGAUUAUGUCAUGUUGAACCAUUAUUUUGCAUGGUACAGCGAUGUAGGAUCUACUGAAGUCAUUAUCCCUUUACUGGUGAAUUUUAUGUCUAAAGCUCAUGAUGUUUAUAAAAAACCAAUUAUGAUGUCUGAAUAUGGUGCAGAUACUAUAGCUGGAUUACAUAUGGAUCCACCUUUUAUCUUCACAGAAGAUUAUCAAACAGAACUUAUGAUGUUGCAUCAUAAGGCAUUUGAUAUAUUACGUAGAAAAGGAUUUUUUGUUGGAGAACAUAUAUGGAACUUCGCUGACUUUUUGACUCUGCAACAAAUCCAGAGAGUGGUUGGUAACAAGAAAGGAAUUUUUACCAGAGAAAGACAGCCAAAAGCUUCUGCAAAGUUGUUAAGGUGUCGUUAUCACUCAUUAGUUAAUCGCACCAUAGUUGGCAGUAUAGCAUACUGUCCACAUUCACAAAGUUUAAGUGAUUAUCAGUGUUCAAAUGCUGUAUAAUGGAAAUCAUCCAUUCUGAAAGGAAUGCUUCAAUCAAAAUGUAUCAACUAUUAUAAUAUAUCAUCCUAUCAAACAAAUAUAUUUUGUAUACUAUUUUAUACUUCUACUUAAUCUAUCUUUUUCCUUUUUUUCAUUUGUUUAAUUAUUUACCAUGUGGAUAAAAAUUACAUAAGUAUAAUGUAACUAAUACAAUCUUAUGAGUUUUAUAUUGAAAUACUUUUAAUAAGAAACUCGAUUUGUUAAAAAAAAAAGUUUAACAUUUAGUGAAGAAUAUUAAUUUAGUCAUCUAAUAAAAAGGCAAUUAACAUUAAAGACAAUU